AUGGUAGCUGUCAAGCUUGAACACUCCAAUCUGGCGCAGCAUCAGACCAGCAGGAUGCAGCAAAUGCGCGACUUCUGGAUGGAAAGGCAUCUCUGUGAUGUUGUGCUCAAGGACAACGAUGGUGCUGAGCAUCGCGCCCACACGGCCCUGCUCUCUGCCGCAAGCGUGUACUUUCGGAAGCUCCUAGGCGGAUCCUUUCAAGAAGCUGACCGCGUGCAACGAAAAGAGCCCGUGGACAUCGCUGCAUCUCAAGCAGCCAUGUCCGCCUUGCUUGACUACAUCUAUGGCGGUCAGCCGGAGGUGAACGUAGAAACUGGUCUUGAACUUCUGCGCCUGGCACAGGCUUAUGACUUGCCAACGUUUGCAAGUGCUAUUGAGACUGGCCUCCGCGAAUUUGAGGCUUGCAGCAAGCAUCCAGAUUUUGGAAAGCUGGGUGCUCAUCAACUGGCCCGAAUCUUGAAAAGAGAAGAUCUGGGUGUGUCUAGGGAGGAAGUGGUGUUGAAGGGCAUCUUCAACUGGCUAAAGAUCUCAGACGACAGAAAGGCCACAUCUAUACCACUGACUUUGAAGGCAACGUCUUUUGUUGGAAGCCUGGUGACCCAGCCACCAGCGCACGAAAGGUUGUGGGUCAGGCAGUGGGAAUCACUGGUCAAUGAUCUGGAGAAGAUAUGUGAUGUGUCCAUCUUGCCCACCGGUGAGAUUUUGGUGCUGCAACUCUGCAAUGGGAGGCUUGUUCGAUUUCAAGACAGAUGUGGACAUUUGGUCUGUGGCGACAUUCAUCAUCCUCAGGGCAUAUUCUGCUCGCCCAAUGCAGUCGUCUACGUGCUUGCAAAAGGUGGAAAGGUCGUGCAGAAGGUGGUUGGCCCCACUCUCCAAACAGUGAUGGCCUCAAAGAGGCUUCCAGAACACCUGCACUUUCGGGCCAGGGCGAUAGUUGCUACAAAGGAUGAAGUGAUCUAUAUCACCGACAAUCGGAGUGGGUCGACCCGGGUUUUACGUUUCAAUCCGGCUGAGUCGCUGGAACCUGUUGUGGUAGGACAGGUCCCGGCUGCAGAUGCAGGCCAACCAGGUCGGAAAGCGGAUGCCCCAUACAGCCUCUUCGUAGCCGAAGAUGAAAAGAUCUAUGUUGGAGAAUACCACGCAGGAAAGGUCCUGGCUUUCCAUCCAGGAGACACAACUCCCUCCGAAGUCCUGCAGUGUCCGGAUGCGAUGCGCCCCAUAGGUCUUGUGGUUCACCACAGAUCGCUGUACGUAAGCAUGGUGGAGGACCUUGCUUCUCCGACAGCCGGGGGUGUCUACGAGCAUUUGCUGCCUCCGGUGCUUCAGCUCGAGUGA